GCAGGAAGGAAGAGCCGGGCGCGGCGCGGUCUUCAGUUCUUGCUGCGCACCCUGCGCCCUAAUUUGUAUCGGUCGCUGGUGCACAUUCACAUAGAUCAUGGGGGAUUCAGUGCCUCCAGAGAAAGGACCAUGGUAUUCCCAAAAUGUCUAUGCGAGAUACUGGAAGCAUUACAACCAAGCCAUGGAGUGGAUGGGCAGGCACCGAAAUGCUUACAGGAAAGCCAUGGAGUCCUUGUACAAUCUGCCAUGUCCUCCUUCUGAAAGUCUUCCCAGUGGACGCUACUCUGAUUGGGAUGGAGGGGAGCCCCUGAGGACCGCGUCCUAUUCUGCUUUCACACGAGGGAGCCAACCCAGGCUCCCACCCAGGUCUCAACAUGCCCCUCAUAAUGCUGCAGGCAGAGGGGUAGUGGAGAGCGAUUCCGAAACUGACUCCGACUCUGAAGACGAAGGGGAUAUCGAGUGUGACUUGAGCAACAUGGAGAUCACAGAAGAGCUCCGCCAGUAUUUUGAGCAAACAGAGAAGCACCGGGAAGAGCUGCGAAAACAGCAGGAGCUUGAAGCAGAACACCAGGACAUGUAUGUCGAAGCAGACCACGACCUUCACCUAUCGACAGGCCGAUCGGCACAGCCCCCAGCUGAGAAGCCCGGCGAGAGGAGAGGGGCUGAAAUGAAGAAACUCUAUGGCUUGGGUGCCAGCAAAAUCCAAGCUAUGGAGACCACCAUGCAACUCAACUUUGAUAGGAACUGUGAUAAAAAGCAACCCAAGUACUGGCCAAUUAUUCCCCUGAAACUCUAAGGUUUGCAUCCUUUUUCGUUCUAGGAAUCUCAGGGCUCCACAAAUUGAUGCUCGACCGAGCAGACGGAUUCAGUGAAUGAAUCAAGAGUCAGCAAAAGCCCCCUUUUUUAUUUUCCUUUCCUCUUUCCAACUCUAUUUGAAUUUGUCUGCCAGUUUCCAGAGCCCAUUCCAACCCAACAGGAAGAGCUGAAUUAGUCAUUUGUACUGUAGGGGAUGGGGAAAAUACUCUAUAAAAAUAUAUUUCAAGUAAUUUGAUUUUGGCUUGCCCUGGCCCUGCAGGAAAUGAGGAGUAGCAUUUGUUUUCACUUAGCUGUGCUGGGGAAAAGGUUAGAGACUGUCCAGAUUUAAUUUUUUUUACACUUUUUUUAAUGUUAUCUUAGAUUUGCCCUAGAUUUAAAAUGUGACUUCUUUCCUGUCACUUCCACCAAUACCCUGGAGGCAGCUAUUGGCCAAGGUACAAUAUAUUAAAUGUCUGUAGUUUAACUGCUUGAGGUUUUUCUCAGAUGUUCUACCAGUAGAAGAAAGUUCUGUUCGAGACUGAAACCUGGCCUGUGAUGUUUCACCUCAGAAGAAACCGUGUGAGCAGCUUUCCCCCACCUCUCCUUUUAGUUUGUUUUUGUUACAUGAUUAGGCAAUAAAGAAGUUUGAGAUUAAAA